AUGCCCCACUGGCUGUCGAUUGGCCUCUUUAUUUAUCGUGUUGUUGCACAGACAGCAUUUCAAUCGAACGAUAACGAUUACAUUCAAUACCGCACUCUCCCGAAGCAUCGUAUCAUAAAAUGGAAUAUUACCUAUCAUGACCGAUCUGCCGUUGCCCCAGGAUAUUGGUUCACCGCGCCCUAUUGGUCACACGGUGGUGAUAAGUCGACAAACCAGUGGGUCCCAUACCAGAUUGGACCUCAUAUAUUUGAUCAAGAUGGGGUCCUUGUGUGGUCCGGUUCUGCCGAAUUCGAAAACCUGAAUGUAUAUGACUUUCGGCGAAUCGAUCUCCCAGAUGCAACCGGGAAACUACAACCGCAUUUGUCUUGGAUGCGAUGGCACACGCCAGAUGACAUGCUAUCUCCUGGCCUAACCGCGAUAUAUGAUAACCGUUAUCAACCCAAAAAGAUUUUAACUAUUCCUGCGAAUGUGGUCGACACUCACGAGUUCAAUGUGAAAUACUCGCCCAACGUUUUGCAGAUUCAAACCAGACUCGAGACAAUCAAACUGAACGAGCUGGGCCGGCCGGACGAUGAGUGGGGAGUUUGGAGCAGUGGUUUUACCGAGACGAAUCUCCUUACCGGGGAACAGAUAUUUGACUGGAGAAGCAACAACCGUGUCCAACUCGACGAAAGUUACGUCACCCUGGCAGAAGAUGAGCAUCCCUCCGGGGAUUAUAUGCAUAUGAAUUCUGUUGACAAGAAUGACAAUGGGGAUUAUUUAAUUUCCGCGCGACACACCAGCGCGAUUUAUUUGGUCUCCGGCAAGGAUGGCCACAUUAUGUGGCGCCUGGGUGGAAAGAGAAACAAUUUCAAGAAGGACUUUGACUUUUAUGGUCAGCACAAUGCUCGAUUCGUUGCUGUUAACUCGACCCAUAUGACACUUUCCCUUUUCAAUAACGGGGCAAUUGACACUGAUGUGCGAGAGACGGUCUCGUCCGCUCUGUAUGUCCAACUUGACCUCCAGAAGAUGAAAGCGACGCUUUUGCAACGGUUUGUGCGUCCAGACGGGGGUAUUAGUGAUCGUCGAGGAAACAUGCAAGCCCUUCCCAAUGGAAAUGCACUAAUGGGGUGGUCCUGGGAUGGCUAUAUGACUGAAUUUUCCAACGAUGGUAGACUUUUAUUGGAGGCCCGAUUUGCCUCCGAUAGACACGAUUCAUAUCGCUCAUACAAAUUCCCCUGGAUUGGCCGCCCCACCUAUCCGCCAACACUUCUGUCAGAAACUUACGGUGUCAAUGGCUCUGAGCUCUCAACUGUCUUCCAUGUUAGCUGGAACGGCGCAACCGAUAUUGAGCAUUGGCGAUUUUAUGCCCGGAAUAGCUCCACAAGUGCAAAAUAUGUGAUUGGUAGUGUUCCAAAGAAGGGAUUUGAGACGGCUUUCAUUGCUCCGGGAUAUAUGGAUUGGGUAUCAGUCGAGGCACUAGACGCGAAUCUAGUGGUUUUGGGAGCAUCUCCUGACGCCCGAACUACCCCUCCGGAGUACUGGGCUGCAACAGCGCCAUUGCCCCGACCAGAUAAUCCCGAAGCACUGUAUGAAAAAACGGUGACGGGACUACCACAAAUUCACAAUCAGGUUCGGGAAUCUGUUCUUUUUUUCUUCGCGGGAUUUGUCGCCAGUGCUGUAUUCGCGACUGUGAUGAUAUAUCGAAGAUUUCUUGCGCGGCUUAUCGUCAUGAGUUUUUCAAAGGUGAUCUCACAGGGCUAUGUACGAGUAUGGACGGAAGAUGUUGAGGAUCUUGAGAGUCGAGACGACGAGUCUAGAUCUUGGAAAGAAAAAGAGUAG